AUGUCGCGGUUGCGGAAAAUCGGGCCAUAUCGUCCCCAGUGUCCCGACAAUCCCCGUAAUUACAAACUAAACAAGUCUAACGAAGCCAAAGUAAAUUUUGUGUUCGAAGCAGAAAUUGUGCCAGCUAAUAGCGUGUCUGAUCCGAAUGGAAGAUUAUGCGAAAAACCGGCUAAAGUAGUCUUGGAUACAGGUUGCUCUAGCGAAAUCGUAAAUGAAAAAUUGGUUCCCUCUAGAUUCAAACUUGGUCAAGCAGCUAAGGUAUACGAUUUCCUUGGUGUCCCUAGUAUCUUUCCCAGAGUGAGAUGUCUGAUACAAAGCAAAUUCUUCACUGGUUGGGUUAACGCGAUCGCGGCGCCAAUUAAAUUUGCAGAUGUUUUAAUAGGCCUCAUUCCUGGCGUUAAACUGCCUUCUGAUAAACCGCACCCUCAGCAUAACAUAGCUGAUAAAGUAACUGAGGAUAUCGUUAACCUUGUAAAAGCCGAGAAAAAGAAGCUACGUUUAUCCGACCUUAAGGUUGAUUAUGCAAACUUUAGUAAUAGUGAAGUUGCCCUUAAUGUUCAAACACGCUCAUUGAAAAUUAGCAACACUAAAACUAAUGCCCUUUCUUGCCCUGAUUUCUUUAAGUUAAGUAUCAAUAAGAAUGAUUUUUCCAGAGAACAACAGUCCUUUACUACUUUAAGAUCCAUACGCGACAAGAUUAUGAAUGGUGAUGUAAUUAAAAAUAAAGGUCGCUCUGUAAGCUACCAGGUGAUUGAUAAUUUAGUGUAUAAGGUUUGUAUAGCCAGCCAAAAUGACUAUGAAGUAGGAGCGAAACAGUUGGUGGUUCCCGCGAAAUACCGCAUUGAUGUAAUGCGCCUUGCUCACGAUGCCCUCGCGGCUGGACACUUCUCGCACCGUAAAACUUCCAGUAAGAUUUUUGAUUACUUCUUUUGGCCCGGUGCCGGAGCUGACAUUAAAAGGUUUUGCCGUCCGUGUCCUAAAUGCCAGAAGUUUUCAGCUAGAGGAAGCGGACAUAAGUAUAUCCUAACACUAAUAGAUUAUGCCACUAGAUAUCCCGAGGCCGUACCUCUUAAAAAUGUUGAUACUAUAACGGUUGCCGAAGCUUUAGUUGAAAUCUUCUCUCGCGUCGGCAUACCGAAGGAAAUAAUGUCUGAUCGCGGAUCCCAGUUUAAGUCUGAUCUUAUGAGCGAAAUUCACCGUCUAUUCUCCGUUAAAGCUUUGUAUACAUCACCAUAUCAUGCAUGUUGCAAUGGUGCCGUCGAAAGACUUAAUGGUGUUCUAAAAUCUAUCAUCAAGAAGCUUUGUUCAGAACAUCCACAGGACUUGGACCACUAUAUUCCAGCAGCACUCUUUGCCUAUAGAGAGAUCCCUAAUAGUAGUUUAAAGUUCUCCCCCUUUGAACUUUUGUACGGACGUAAAGUACGUGGUCCACUAAGUAUACUGCACGACCUUUGGACAAAUGAUGGCAUUGAUAACGAGGUAAAAACUACAUACCAAUAUGUGCUAGACCUCCGUUCACGAUUAGAGGAGACGGCUAAGCUGGCAGCAUCCCAUGCCAAUAUUAGUAGUAAAAGUUACAAAGCAUACUACGAUUUAAAAAGUAGACCACGUAAACUAGAGAUCGGAGAUGAAGUGCUUGUUUUGUUGCCUACAAGCACUAAUAAAUUAGUUAUGCACUGGCGUGGGCCGUAUCCUAUUAUCCGAUGUCACGAAAAUGGUGUAGAUUAUAUUAUAAAAAUGCAAGGUAAAGAUAAAUUGUUCCACAUAAACAUGCUAAAAAGAUACUUUCGGCGGGAAGAUAAUAAGGAAAAACAGAAAUGCAAAAAUGUAAUUCAAAUUUGUGUUGAAGAAUUCCCAGUGAACGGCACCUGUGAACCUGUAAACCUUGAGGUAACUGACAAUAAUAGAUUUAAUAUUAGUAGUGAAUUAUCUUUGAGUCAGUCUAGGGAAAUGUCUGUUUUGCUAAAUCGUUACACAGACGUAAUAAGAGAUAAGCCAGGUCUUACUCAGACGAUAAGACAUAAGAUAAAACUGACCUCUACUGUGCCUAUAAAUAAGAAACAGUAUCCAAUUCCUCUCAACUUGAAACAAGAGUUUAACAAGGAAGUUGAUAAAAUGUUGGAACUAGGUCAUAUAGAACCAUCUGAAUCCCCGUAUUGCUCGCCUGUAGUGCUAGUGAAAAAGACCGAUGGUACUUGGCGUAUUUGCAUUGACUUUCGGCCAAUUAAUAGCUUAUCCGAUUUUGAUGCUGAGCCCAUGCCUACGACUGAAGUUGCUCUAAGUAACUUUUCUCAUGACGUUUAUUUUAGUGAACUUGAUCUUUGCAAGGGAUAUUGGCAAGUCCCAUUGUCCAGUGAUUGCAAAAUUUAUACUGCAUUUGCUACCCACAGAGGUUUAAUGCAGUGGAAAGUAAUGCCAUUUGGAUUGAAAACUGCGUGCGCUACAUUCAUAAGAAUCAAGUACCUUGGUGUAUUAUUAGGACAUAAUUGUAUUGCACCGCUUGAAGAAAAGGUAAAAGCUAUUAACUCUCUGCCAUUACCCACAACAAAAAAACAACUUAGGUCCUUUCUCGGUACUACUGGAUAUUACAGGAAGUUUAUACAAAACUAUGCGAGUACUGCAGCUCCCCUUAGUGAUCUGUUAAGAAAGAACAGCAGUAACAAACUUAACUGGAAUCAACAACAAAUUGAGAGUUUCAAGUCUCUAAAGCAGGCUCUCAUGUCUAACCCAAUGCCAGCAACCCCUGGGGUAGGAGCAGUACUCUUACAAGAAACGAACAAUUGUAAGAUGCCCAUUGCAUAUGCAAGCAGGAAACUACUUGACCGUGAGGUAAACUAUGCCACUAUCUAA